GGUCCCAAGCCCACAUAUCUGAUCGACGAGGCUCCAUGUCAACGACAAGCGGGAAUUAAUUCUAAUUGCUAUUUCUGGAACACGAACGGCACAUUUUCAGGCCUUGUGCCGUAUUCGGACCAUUGGGAUGUCCAGCAGCAAUGCUAUUGUGACGUAUAUCCCUUCUUUGACUCAGCGGCCGGUUGUGAGGAGUGUUUCAGAAAACAUGGAGGCAUUGAGGGCUACCACUGGUUCCCGCAGAGUUACGUGAUGGGGGUCUCGAGCGCCUACUGUAGUGCCAACCCUCAAACGACAGGAUUCUACCCUUUCGCAAAAGAAUGGUCGUCGGGCUCGGCGGCCAGUUUGCCCACUACCACUGCUGCUGAUAGUCUAGGCACGCAGACAGCUGCUAGUCUUUACUACACAUAUGCUGAGGAAAAUACAGCUGCCGGUGUUAGUAGCACAAGUGAGAAAAAUAGUACUGUGUCAAGCACACGCCUGAGCUUGGGUAGAGCCCUCAUGGCCGUACUAUCGCUGGUUCUAAUGCUGACUCAAUGA